AAUUAAGUUGCAUUUCGAUGAGGAAAAAGACCACAGCAUUGCAACAAUAAAGUCGUAAUUUAAUGAGGUAAAAUCUGUGGAAUCAUUGUUUUAUUUUUUUUCCUCCUAAAAUUAUGAUUUUAUUCUCGUGACAUUCUCAGGUGUUUGUCUUUUUACAUCUUAGAAAAGUAGAAAAAAAGGCGACUUGGCUUCGACGAGGGACAAUCCUCGCAAUCUGAUUGGUGGCUGGGAUUUGUUGCUCAUUUCUGAUUGGACGAGCGAUUGUUCACAGAAACCGGAAGUAGCGCUAACCUUGACGAGCUAGCGAAAACACAUGGGCACAACGAAUUCCCGUCGUUGUGAUGUAACACGUCGACCAACAGCGACUUUAUAUAUAUAUAUUAUUCCGCACUCUUGGGAGUAAAGACAGUUUGGCGGCCUUCAUGUGAGCUGUCAUCUUCUCGCCAGCGAUGAGGUUCCCUUCCCUGUUUGUUACCAGGAGCUGUGAGGCUGUUCACAGACUGCGGCAGAGCUCGUUUCUAUCACCCGGUUCAGCUCUGUCGAGGCACCAGAGGGUCUCUGUGUCGAGUCUCCUGUGCACAGAGGAGAGGAGUUACUACAUAACGACUCCCAUCUUCUAUGUCAAUGCGUCUCCUCACCUCGGACACCUGUACUCAGCUGUGAUCGCCGACUGCCUGCACAGGUACAAGCUGCUCCAGGGCUUCAACUCAAAGUUUGCAACAGGCACAGAUGAACACGGCUUGAAAAUCCAACAAGCCGCUGAAGCUGCAGGAAAAGAUCCCCUCGCCUUCUGCACCGACGUGUCUGAGAGAUUCAAGCAUCUCUUCAGCAGCUGCGACAUUUCACACACAGACUACAUACGAACCACGGAACCGAGACACCGUCGGGCCGUGGAGCAUUUCUGGUCAGUGCUCUGGGACAAAGGGCUCAUCUACAAGGGACAUUACGAAGGCUGGUACUCCACGCAGGAUGAGAGCUUCCUCACGCCGUCGCAGGUGGGCGAUGCUGUGGACUCAUCGGGCAAAGAGAUUAAAGUAUCGCUCGAGAGCGGACACAAGGUGGAGUGGAUGACAGAAGAGAACUACAUGUUCCGCCUGUCUGCGUUCCGGUCUCAGCUGCUCGACUGGCUCAGAGGAAAUCCCCGGGCUGUGCAGCCUGAAUGCUUCCACCAGUUUGUUCUCCAGUGGCUGCAGCACGACCUUCCUGACCUCUCAGUGUCACGUCAGAGAAGCCGCCUUCAGUGGGGCAUCCCGGUCCCUGGCGACCCCGAGCAAACCAUCUAUGUGUGGCUAGACGCUCUGGUGAACUACCUCACAGUAGCCGGCUAUCCGGAGAAACACAAUCAGUGGUGGAACGUGGUCCACCACGUUGUGGGAAAGGACAUCUUACGAUUUCACGCCAUCUACUGGCCAGCUUUCCUUCUCGGAGCUGGACUGCCGCUGCCACAGACGAUAUACGUACACUCUCACUGGACAGCAGAAGGAAAGAAGAUGUCUAAAAGUUUGGGUAAUGUGGUCGAUCCUCUUCAACGCUCACAGAUGUUCACGACGGAUGGUAUAAGGUACUUCCUUCUGCGUCAGGGUGUCCCAGACUCAGACUGCGAUUACACAGAUCGUAAAGUAGUCAAGGUGCUGAACGCGGAGCUGGUCGACUCUCUGGGUGGUCUGCUUAACCGCUGCACAGCUCCAGGCCUUAACCCCGCUCAGGUCUAUCCCUCUUUUUGCCCUCAGUCCUUCCCAAGAGAACAGGGAGGCAGAGCUGUGGUUGAAGACUACUGCAUGUUGGCUGCUGUGAAAGAUCUACCUGCUGUGGUGGAGCAGCACUACGAGAGCCUGCACGUGUACAAAGCUCUGGAGGCCAUCGCUACCUGUGUGAGACAGACCAACAGGUUUGUUCAGCGCCAUGCACCUUGGAAGCUGGACAAGAGGGACAUCAAGGAUCAGCGCUGGCUGGACACCAUCAUCCAUGUUUCUUUUGAAUGCCUGAGGAUCUAUGGCACCCUCCUCCAGCCGAUUGUGCCAGAACUUUCUAACAAACUCCUGUCCAGACUCGGAGUGCAGCCCGGUGAGAGGAGCUGGGCCGCUCUGAACUUCCUGCCCAGCUAUCGGGGAAUGGAGUGUCCCUUCGAAGGACGAGCACUAGGACCCGACUCUGGAGUGCUUUUUAGCCGCUUGGGAAGUCAGAAUGUAGAUCAACAAAAACCUAACAAAGCAAAAAAGGCAGCAAAAAAAAAAUGAGGAAUUGUUAUUUGUUCCCAGUAGACUGUUUCACUCACAAGUAAAAGUCCUGUGGCUCA